UACCUGUGGAGCGUUCGGCACUCCGCAACACCACUAUGGGGACUUUAAAUUUAAUAACUGUAACGUUAACAAUAUGGCUCACUCUAUCUAUUGGACUGGUUGCUUCACAAACGACCAUAGCGAUCAUUGAACCGCUGACGAAAACCCAACUGAUUUCAGGAAUUGCAUCAGCGCAUAACGAGCUUGUCUGCAGCACGUGGGGAAAUUACCACUUCUUGACGUUCGAUGGAGACGCUUUCCAACUCCCGUCCACAUGUAACCACAUCCUGACGUCGCAGUGCGGGGGCAGCUAUGAAGAAUUUAACGUUCAGAUGAGACGGGCGAUCGUGAACGGCAAGCCCACGAUCAGCAAAAUCACCUUGAAGCUGGACGGCACAGUGGUGGAGCUCGUUAAAGACUUAAUCAGCGUCAACGGCCAACCGGUCAGUGUACCGUAUGUCAGUGGCGGAGUUCAUAUUGAAAGGCUCAGCUCUUAUCUCACCAUCAAAUCCACAGUAGGGCUAACAGCCUUGUGGAAUGAAGAUGACGCCUUCAUGAUCGAAUUAGAUUCAAAGUACAAAAAUCAGACGUGUGGGCUUUGCGGCGACUUCAACGGAGUCCCGGGUUACGAUGAACUAAUCAAGAAUGGUGUGUCUCUCUCUCCUACUGAUUAUGGAACUCUCUGGAAGAUGGACGGACCCACAGAAAGUUGUGAGGACGAACCUGUAGAAGAAUAUAAGAACUGCGGAGAUGAGAAUUUCUGCCGCCAGCUGUUCCUCAGCGAGGCGUUCAGCAGCUGCAACUCUCUGGUGUCGGUCGAUGUGUUUGUGACAGCAUGUAUGGAGGAUCUCUGCCAGUGUAACACAACUACAGACUCGUCCUGCUUGUGUCAAACUGUAGCAGAAUAUUCGCAUCAGUGCGUCCACGCAGGAGGGAGACCACAAAACUGGAGGUCUGACGUCUUCUGCCCAAAGUCAUGCCCAGAUACCAUGGCGUAUACAGAGUGUGGGAGCCCAUGUACCGAUACCUGCUCGAACUCUGAGAGAGGAGAGGUGUGUGACGAACACUGCAUUGAUGGAUGCUUCUGUCCUCCAGGCACUGUGUGGGACGAUGUCACCAACUCCGGCUGUAUUCCAUUGAGUUCAUGCUCCUGUGUUCAUGAAGGACAAGUGUAUAAGUCUGGGGAAAAUUACACAGCUAGCUGCAGGGAAUGCACCUGCUCAGGAGGUCAGUGGACAUGUGUGUAUAAAGACUGCCCUGGUACUUGCUCGGUUUUGGGAGGUUCGCACAUCAUAACGUUUGACGAAAAACCCUACACGUUUCCCGGGGAGUGUUCGUACGUUCUUGCAAAGGAGUGCUCGGGCGUCGAUUUCACCAUUCUGGGUGAUUUGAUUAAAUGUGGCCUGUCUGACAGCGAGACCUGCCUGAAAACGGUCACCCUCGCGUUAUCACAAGGCAGUAAGGUGAUCCGAGUGGACUCGACUGGGAACGUUGACGUGGACAGGAUUUACACACAGCUUCCACUUUUUACAGCUGAAGUGAGCAUCUUCAAGCCAUCAUCAUUCUACAUCGUCAUCAAGGUCAUCAGUGUCGACCUUCUUCUAGAGAUCCAGCUCGUUCCCAUCAUGCAGGUUUUCAUCACGGUGGAUAGAGCUUUUCAAGGACAAACAUGUGGACUUUGUGGCAAUUUCAACAACAUCCAGGCCGACGAUUUCACCACAGCUGGUGGACUUAGAGAAGGAACGGCGGUGGAUUUUGCCAACACCUGGAAGACCAGAGCAAACUGCCCAGACAUCCAGAGAACCUUCGAGAACCCGUGCAGUUUGAGCACUGAAAAUGAGAAAUACGCGCAGCACUGGUGCUCCCUGCUCUCAGAUCCUAACGGAGUUUUCGCCAGCUGCCAUUUAGAAAUCAGCCCUGACACCUACAAAUCGAACUGUAUCUAUGACUCGUGUAACUGUGAGAAGUCAGAGGACUGCAUGUGUGCUGCACUGUCUUCGUACGCACAUGCAUGUGCUGCUAAAGGGAUCGUCCUCAACGGCUGGAGAGAUGCUGCUUGCAAGAACUACACAGAGUGCCCUAGCACCUUAGUUUACUCAUAUGAAAUGACCAGCUGUCAGCGUACAUGCCGCACCAUCGGGCAGAACGACUACGUCUGCAGCAUCAGCACCGCGCCAGUGGACGGCUGCGGGUGCGAAUCGGGCACCUACAUGAACGAAAAAGGAAUUUGCGUUACGGCAAACAACUGCCCAUGUUACGAUUCAAACACAGUCAUUCAGCCCGGCGAGAUCAUUAGCAAAGACGGCACCACAUGCUCAUGUAAGCAAGGCAAACUGAGCUGCAUCGGUGUCCUGAGAGUGCAAGAAUGUGCUGAACCAAUGACAUUCUUCAACUGUUCCACCUCUGCUCCCGGAAGCAAAGGCUCUGAAUGUCAGAAGAGCUGCCAGACACUGGACAUGGACUGUAUCAGCACAGAGUGUGUGUCCGGCUGUGUGUGUCCCUCUGGCCUGGUGUCAGAUGGAAACGGCGGUUGUAUCACUGAAGACCUUUGUCCAUGUGUCCAUAACGGAGAGAAAUAUCAAGCUGGAGAGAGCGUUCAAGAUGGCUGCAACACAUGCACAUGUAAGGACAGAAAAUGGCAGUGCACCAUGAAUCAGUGCAGAGGGACAUGCAGCAUCUAUGGAGAUGGCCAUUACAUAACCUUUGAUGAAAAACAAUACACGUUUAAUGGAAACUGUGAAUAUGCCCUUGCUCAGGACUUCUGUAGUGGCAGUAGCAGCAACGGCACUUUCAGAGUCAUCAGUGAAAACAUUCCCUGUGGAACAACCGGCACCACCUGCUCUAAAGCCAUCAAACUCUUCAUUGGAAGCAAUGAGCUGAUCCUCACAGAUGGAACAUACCAAGUGGUACAGAGAGGCAAUGGAGAUGAAAUCCCGUACCAGAUCCGCACGAUGGGAAACUACUUGGUGGUUGAGACUUAUAACGGCGUAAUGCUCGUAUGGGACAGAAAAACAACAAUAUACAUUGUGCUCAGUCCUGGCUUUAAUGGAAAUGUGUGCGGCCUGUGUGGAAACUUUGAUGGAAAUGCCAACAAUGACUUCACCACAAGAAGCCAAGAAGUUGUCAUUGACCAACUGACCUUCGGAAAUAGCUGGAAGGUGUCUCCGACUUGUCCAGAGGCAUUUGCCAUUCAAGAGCCAUGCACUAAUAAUCCGUACAGGGAGGCCUGGGCACAGAAACAGUGCAGCAUUAUAAAUAGUGACACUUUCGCCGCUUGCCAUUCAAAGGUGGAACCAGCUUCUUAUUAUUCCGCAUGUGUGAGUGAUGCAUGUGCUUGUGACAGUGGAGGAGACUGUGAGUGUUUCUGUACUGCUGUAGCAGCCUAUGCUAAGGCCUGUAAUGCUGCUGGAGUGUGUGUUUCCUGGAGAAGCCCAAAGAUUUGCCCAUUGUUUUGCGAUUACUACAACCCACCUGGUGAGUGUGAGUGGCACUACAAGCCUUGUGGUCACACAUGUCUGAAGACCUGCAGGAACCCCACAGGAAACUGCACAAUGAAGACUCCAGCACUGGAAGGUUGUUAUCCUGAAUGCCCAGAAGAUCUCCCCUUGUUCGAUGAGGAUAACAUGAAGUGUGUGGCAGAGGACCAGUGUGGCUGCUACGCUGAAAUGCUACGUUACGAUAUUGGGCAAUCUGUCCCUGCUAAGAACAACUGUCAGAAAUGCGAGUGCACAUCAAAUGGAGUGAGCUGCAAUUAUAAUGUAAACGCUUGUACAUGCCAACAUAAUAAUACUAUGUACAAGUAUGGAGACAUCAUUUACCACACAACGGAUGGACUUGGAAACUGCAUUAUUGCUAUUUGUGCUGAGGAUGGAAACAUUAAUAAGACAGUGGCUCCUUGUGAAACUACAGUUGCCCCAACAGUACCAACAACACCACUGACUACAACAGCAAAGCCUACAACAGUAUUUGUUUUUACCACACCAGAAACAACAACUCCAAGUGCAACAACCACAGAAGCACCUACAGCAACUCCAGAAAUCACGACAAGUGAAAUCCUACCAACACAAAUCUCUGUGACAACAGCAACAACAGCAAUUGCUGCAAUCACAAAGACACCUAGCAUACUCACAGGCACAACAGGCACAACAGGCACAAUAGGCACAACAGUAAAACUCACAACAUCAAUGGAAAGCAUGUCACCUUCCUUACCAACAGAAAUUACAAGCACAGCUCCACCAAAGACAACAGCCGUGCCGACAGGUAUACCGACUACUCAGCCUUUCGAAACUACUAUUGCCAAAGAAACCACUAUUUCCCCAGAAAAAACAACAUUGCCAAUUACAACAGCUCCCAUCACAACCACCACAAGACCAGAAGUAACGAGCAGUCUGCCUUCCACAGAGACCACCAUAUCACCAGAAAUUACAACACUGACAACCAAACCAGUUGUAAAGGUAACAACAGUGCUUCCAGAAGUGACGACCACUGAGGUUCCUACAUCUCCUUCCAAAGAGACCACAGGUCCAGCAGAAACAACAGCACUGACCACCACAGCUGCUCCAAAGACAACAUCCGUGCCAACAGUUGUACCGACCACUCAGCCUUUGGAAACUACUAUUGCCGAGAAAACCACUAUUUCCCCAGAAAAAACAACAUUGCCAAUUACAACAGCUCCCAUCACCACCAGCACAGGACCAGAAGUAACGAGCAGUCGGCCUUCCACAGAGACCACCAUAUCACCAGAAGUAACAACAUUGACAACCAAACCAGUUGUAAAGGUAACCACAGUGCUUCCAGAAGUGACGACCACUGAGGUUCCUACAUCUCCUUCCAAAGAGACCACCGGUCCAGCAGAAACAACAGCACUGACCACCACAGCUGCUCCAAAGACAACAUCCGUGCCAACAGUUGUACCGACCACUCAACCUUUGGAAACUACUAUUGCAGAGGAAACCACUAUUUCCCCAGAAAAAACAACAUUGCCAAUUACAACUCCUCCAAUCACCACCACCACAGGACCAGAAGUAACGAGCAGUCGGCCUUCCACAGAGACCACCAUUUCACCAGAAAUCACAACAUUGACAACCAAACCAGUUGUAAAGGAAACAACAGUGGUUCUAGAAGUGACGACCACUAAGGUUCCUACAUCUCCUUCCAAAGAGACCACAGGUCCAGCAGAAACAACAGCACCGACCACCACAGCUGCUCCAAAGACAACAUCCGUGCCAACAGUUGUACCGACCACUCAACCUUUGGAAACUACUAUUGCAGAGGAAACCACUAUUUCCCCAGUAAAAACAACAUUGCCAAUUACAACUCCUCCAAUCACCACCACCACAGGACCAGAAGUAACGAGCAGUCGGCCUUCCACAGAGACCACCAUUUCACCAGAAAUAACAACAUUGACAACCAAACCAGUUGUAAAGGUAACCACAGUGCUUCCAGAAGUGACGACCACUGAGGUUCCUACAUCUCCUUCCAAAGAGACCACAGGUCCAGCAGAAACAACAGCACUGACCACCACAGCUGCUCCAAAGACAACAUCCGUGCCAACAGUUGUACCGACCACUCAGCCUUUGGAAACUACUACUGCUGAGGAAACCACUAUUUCCACAGAAAAAACAACAUUGCCAAUUACAACUCCUCCAAUCACCACCACCACAGGACCAGAAGUAACGAGCAGUCGGCCUUCCACAGAGACCACCAUUUCACCAGAAAUAACAACAUUGACAACCAAACCAGUUGUAAAGGUAACCACAGUGCUUCCAGAAGUGACGACCACUGAGGUUCCUACAUCUCCUUCCAAAGAGACCACAGGUCCAGCAGAAACAACAGCACUGACCACCACAGCUGCUCCAAAGACAACAUCCGUGCCAACAGUUGUACCGACCACUCAGCCUUUGGAAACUACUACUGCUGAGGAAACCACUAUUUCCACAGAAAAAACAACAUUGCCAAUUACAACUCCUCCAAUCACCACCACCACAGGACCAGAAGUAACGAGCAGUCGGCCUUCCACAGAGACCACCAUUUCACCAGAAAUAACAACAUUGACAACCAAACCAGUUGUAAAGGUAACAACAGUGCUUCCAGAAGUGACGACCACUGAGGUUCCUACAUCUCCUUCCAAAGAAACCACAGGUCCAGCAGAAACAACAGCACUGACCACCACAGCUGCUCCAAAGACAACAUCCGUGCCAACAGUUGUACCGACCACUCAACCUUUGGAAACUACUAUUGCCGAGGAAACCACUAUUUCCCCAGAAAAAACAACAUUGCCAAUUACAACUCCUCCAAUCACCACCACCACAGGACCAGAAGUAACGAGCACUCGGCCUUCCACAGAGACCACCAUUUCACCAGAAAUAACAACAUUGACAACCAAACCAGUUGUAAAGGUAACCACAGUGCUUCCAGAAGUGACGACCACUGAGGUUCCUACAUCUCCUUCCAAAGAGACCACAGGUCCAGCAGAAACAACAGCACUGACCACCACAGCUGCUCCAAAGACAACAUCCGUGCCAACAGUUGUACCGACCACUCAGCCUUUGGAAACUACUACUGCUGAGGAAACCACUAUUUCCCCAGAAAAAACAACAUUGCCAAUUACAACUCCUCCAAUCACCACCACCACAGGACCAGAAGUAACGAGCAGUCGGCCUUCCACAGAGACCACCAUUUCACCAGAAAUAACAACAUUGACAACCAAACCAGUUGUAAAGGUAACCACAGUGCUUCCAGAAGUGACGACCACUGAGGUUCCUACAUCUCCUUCCAAAGAGACCACAGGUCCAGCAGAAACAACAGCACUGACCACCACAGCUGCUCCAAAGACAACAUCCGUGGCAACAGUUGUACCGACCACUCAGCCUUUGGAAACUACUACUGCUGAGGAAACCACUAUUUCCCCAGAAAAAACAACAUUGCCAAUUACAACUCCUCCAAUCACCACCACCACAGGACCAGAAGUAACGAGCACUCGGCCUUCCACAGAGACCACCAUUUCACCAGAAAUAACAACAUUGACAACCAAACCAGUUGUAAAGGUAACAACAGUGCUUCCAGAAGUGACGACCACUGAGGUUCCUACAUCUCCUUCCAAAGAAACCACAGGUCCAGCAGAAACAACAGCACUGACCACCACAGCUGCUCCAAAGACAACAUCCGUGCCAACAGUUGUACCGACCACUCAACCUUUGGAAACUACUAUUGCCGAGGAAACCACUAUUUCCCCAGAAAAAACAACAUUGCCAAUUACAACUCCUCCAAUCACCACCACCACAGGACCAGAAGUAACGAGCACUCGGCCUUCCACAGAGACCACCAUUUCACCAGAAAUAACAACAUUGACAACCAAACCAGUUGUAAAGGUAACCACAGUGCUUCCAGAAGUGACGACCACUGAGGUUCCUACAUCUCCUUCCAAAGAGACCACAGGUCCAGCAGAAACAACAGCACUGACCACCACAGCUGCUCCAAAGACAACAUCCGUGCCAACAGUUGUACCGACCACUCAGCCUUUGGAAACUACUACUGCUGAGGAAACCACUAUUUCCCCAGAAAAAACAACAUUGCCAAUUACAACUCCUCCAAUCACCACCACCACAGGACCAGAAGUAACGAGCAGUCGGCCUUCCACAGAGACCACCAUUUCACCAGAAAUAACAACAUUGACAACCAAACCAGUUGUAAAGGAAACAACAGUGGUUCUAGAAGUGACGACCACUAGGGUUCCUACAUCUCCUUCCAAAGAGACCACAGGUCCAGCAGAAACAACAGCACUGACCACCACAGCUGCUCCAAAGACAACAUCCGUGCCAACAGUUGUACCGACCACUCAGCCUUUGGAAACUACUAUUGCUGAGGAAACCACUAUUUCCCCAGAAAAAACAACAUUGCCAAUUACAACUCCUCCAAUCACCACCACCACAGGACCAGAAGUAACGAGCAGUCGGCCUUCCACAGAGACAACCAUUUCACCAGAAAUAACAACAUUGACAACCAAACCAGUUGUAAAGGUAACCACAGUGCUUCCAGAAGUGACGACCACUGAGGUUCCUACAUCUCCUUCCAAAGAGACCACAGGUCCAGCAGAAACAACAGCACUGACCACCACAGCUGCUCCAAAGACAACAUCCGUGCCAACAGUUGUACCGACCACUCAGCCUUUGGAAACUACUACUGCUGAGGAAACCACUAUUUCCCCAGAAAAAACAACAUUGCCAAUUACAACUCCUCCAAUCACCACCACCACAGGACCAGAAGUAACGAGCAGUCGGCCUUCCACAGAGACCACCAUUUCACCAGAAAUAACAACAUUGACAACCAAACCAGUUGUAAAGGUAACCACAGUGCUUCCAGAAGUGACGACCACUGAGGUUCCUACAUCUCCUUCCAAAGAGACCACAGGUCCAGCAGAAACAACAGCACUGACCACCACAGCUGCUCCAAAGACAACAUCCGUGCCAACAGUUGUACCGACCACUCAGCCUUUGGAAACUACUACUGCUGAGGAAACCACUAUUUCCACAGAAAAAACAACAUUGCCAAUUACAACUCCUCCAAUCACCACCACCACAGGACCAGAAGUAACGAGCACUCGGCCUUCCACAGAGACCACCAUUUCACCAGAAAUAACAACAUUGACAACCAAACCAGUUGUAAAGGUAACCACAGUGCUUCCAGAAGUGACGACCACUGAGGUUCCUACAUCUCCUUCCAAAGAGACCACAGGUCCAGCAGAAACAACAGCACUGACCACUACAGCUGCUCCAAAGACAACAUCCGUGCCAACAGUUGUACCGACCACUCAGCCUUUGGAAACUACUAUUGCUGAGGAAACCACUAUUUCCCCAGAAAAAACAACAUUGCCAAUUACAACUCCUCCAAUCACCACCACCACAGGACCAGAAGUAACGAGCAGUCGGCCUUCCACAGAGACCACCAUUUCACCAGAAAUAACAACAUUGACAACCAAACCAGUUGUAAAGGUAACCACAGUGCUUCCAGAAGUGACGACCACUGAGGUUCCUACAUCUCCUUCCAAAGAGACCACAGGUCCAGCAGAAACAACAGCACUGACCACCACAGCUGCUCCAAAGACAACAUCCGUGCCAACAGUUGUACCGACCACUCAGCCUUUGGAAACUACUACUGCUGAGGAAACCACUAUUUCCCCAGAAAAAACAACAUUGCCAAUUACAACUCCUCCAAUCACCACCACCACAGGACCAGAAGUAACGAGCAGUCGGCCUUCCACAGAGACCACCAUUUCACCAGAAAUAACAACAUUGACAACCAAACCAGUUGUAAAGGUAACCACAGUGCUUCCAGAAGUGACGACCACUGAGGUUCCUACAUCUCCUUCCAAAGAGACCACAGGUCCAGCAGAAACAACAGCACUGACCACUACAGCUGCUCCAAAGACAACAUCCGUGCCAACAGUUGUACCGACCACUCAGCCUUUGGAAACUACUAUUGCUGAGGAAACCACUAUUUCCCCAGAAAAAACAACAUUGCCAAUUACAACUCCUCCAAUCACCACCACCACAGGACCAGAAGUAACGAGCAGUCGGCCUUCCACAGAGACCACCAUUUCACCAGAAAUAACAACAUUGACAACCAAACCAGUUGUAAAGGUAACCACAGUGCUUCCAGAAGUGACGACCACUGAGGUUCCUACAUCUCCUUCCAAAGAGACCACAGGUCCAGCAGAAACAACAGCACUGACCACCACAGCUGCUCCAAAGACAACAUCCGUGCCAACAGUUGUACCGACCACUCAGCCUUUGGAAACUACUACUGCUGAGGAAACCACUAUUUCCCCAGAAAAAACAACAUUGCCAAUUACAACUCCUCCAAUCACCACCACCACAGGACCAGAAGUAACGAGCAGUCGGCCUUCCACAGAGACCACCAUUUCACCAGAAAUAACAACAUUGACAACCAAACCAGUUGUAAAGGUAACCACAGUGCUUCCAGAAGUGACGACCACUGAGGUUCCUACAUCUCCUUCCAAAGAGACCACAGGUCCAGCAGAAACAACAGCACUGACCACCACAGCUGCUCCAAAGACAACAUCCGUGCCAACAGUUGUACCGACCACUCAGCCUUUGGAAACUACUACUGCUGAGGAAACCACUAUUUCCCCAGAAAAAACAACAUUGCCAAUUACAACUCCUCCAAUCACCACCACCACAGGACCAGAAGUAACGAGCAGUCGGCCUUCCACAGAGACCACCAUUUCACCAGAAAUAACAACAUUGACAACCAAACCAGUUGUAAAGGUAACCACAGUGCUUCCAGAAGUGACGACCACUGAGGUUCCUACAUCUCCUUCCAAAGAGACCACAGGUCCAGCAGAAACAACAGCACUGACCACCACAGCUGCUCCAAAGACAACAUCCGUGCCAACAGUUGUACCGACCACUCAGCCUUUGGAAACUACUACUGCUGAGGAAACCACUAUUUCCCCAGAAAAAACAACAUUGCCAAUUACAACUCCUCCAAUCACCACCACCACAGGACCAGAAGUAACGAGCAGUCGGCCUUCCACAGAGACCACCAUUUCACCAGAAAUAACAACAUUGACAACCAAACCAGUUGUAAAGGUAACCACAGUGCUUCCAGAAGUGACGACCACUGAGGUUCCUACAUCUCCUUCCAAAGAGACCACAGGUCCAGCAGAAACAACAGCACUGACCACCACAGCUGCUCCAAAGACAACAUCAGUGCCAACAGUUGUACCGACCACUCAGCCUUUGGAAACUACUACUGCUGAGGAAACCACUAUUUCCCCAGAAAAAACAACAUUGCCAAUUACAACUCCUCCAAUCACCACCACCACAGGACCAGAAGUAACGAGCAGUCGGCCUUCCACAGAGACCACCAUUUCACCAGAAAUAACAACAUUGACAACCAAACCAGUUGUAAAGGUAACCACAGUGCUUCCAGAAGUGACGACCACUGAGGUUCCUACAUCUCCUUCCAAAGAGACCACAGGUCCAGCAGAAACAACAGCACUGACCACCACAGCUGCUCCAAAGACAACAUCCGUGCCAACAGUUGUACCGACCACUCAGCCUUUGGAAACUACUACUGCUGAGGAAACCACUAUUUCCCCAGAAAAAACAACAUUGCCAAUUACAACUCCUCCAAUCACCACCACCACAGGACCAGAAGUAACGAGCAGUCGGCCUUCCACAGAGACCACCAUUUCACCAGAAAUAACAACAUUGACAACCAAACCAGUUGUAAAGGUAACAACAGUGCUUCCAGAAGUGACGACCACUGAGGUUCCUACAUCUCCUUCCAAAGAGACCACAGGUCCAGCAGAAACAACAGCACUGACCACCACAGCUGCUCCAAAGACAACAUCCGUGCCAACAGUUGUACCGACCACUCAGCCUUUGGAAACUACUACUGCUGAGGAAACCACUAUUUCCCCAGAAAAAACAACAUUGCCAAUUACAACUCCUCCAAUCACCACCACCACAGGACCAGAAGUAACGAGCAGUCGGCCUUCCACAGAGACCACCAUUUCACCAGAAAUAACAACAUUGACAACCAAACCAGUUGUAAAGGUAACCACAGUGCUUCCAGAAGUGACGACCACUGAGGUUCCUACAUCUCCUUCCAAAGAGACCACAGGUCCAGCAGAAACAACAGCACUGACCACCACAGCUGCUCCAAAGACAACAUCCGUGCCAACAGUUGUACCGACCACUCAGCCUUUGGAAACUACUACUGCUGAGGAAACCACUAUUUCCCCAGAAAAAACAACAUUGCCAAUUACAACUCCUCCAAUCACCACCACCACAGGACCAGAAGUAACGAGCACUCGGCCUUCCACAGAGACCACCAUUUCACCAGAAAUAACAACAUUGACAACCAAACCAGUUGUAAAGGUAACCACAGUGCUUCCAGAAGUGACGACCACUGAGGUUCCUACAUCUCCUUCCAAAGAGACCACAGGUCCAGCAGAAACAACAGCACUGACCACCACAGCUGCUCCAAAGACAACAUCCGUGCCAACAGUUGUACCGACCACUCAGCCUUUGGAAACUACUACUGCUGAGGAAACCACUAUUUCCCCAGAAAAAACAACAUUGCCAAUUACAACUCCUCCAAUCACCACCACCACAGGACCAGAAGUAACGAGCAGUCGGCCUUCCACAGAGACCACCAUUUCACCAGAAAUAACAACAUUGACAACCAAACCAGUUGUAAAGGUAACCACAGUGCUUCCAGAAGUGACGACCACUGAGGUUCCUACAUCUCCUUCCAAAGAGACCACAGGUCCAGCAGAAACAACAGCACUGACCACCACAGCUGCUCCAAAGACAACAUCCGUGCCAACAGUUGUACCGACCACUCAACCUUUGGAAACUACUAUUGCAGAGGAAACCACUAUUUCUCCAGAAAAAACAACAUUGCCAAUUACAACUCCUCCAAUCACCACCACCACAGGACCAGAAGUAACGAGCAGUCGGCCUUCCACAGAGACCACCAUUUCACCAGAAAUAACAACAUUGACAACCAAACCAGUUGUAAAGGUAACCACAGUGCUUCCAGAAGUGACGACCACUGAGGUUCCUACAUCUCCUUCCAAAGAGACCACAGGUCCAGCAGAAACAACAGCACUGACCACCACAGCUGCUCCAAAGACAACAUCCGUGCCAACAGUUGUACCGACCACUCAGCCUUUGGAAACUACUACUGCUGAGGAAACCACUAUUUCCCCAGAAAAAACAACAUUGCCAAUUACAACUCCUCCAAUCACCACCACCACAGGACCAGAAGUAACGAGCAGUCGGCCUUCCACAGAGACCACCAUUUCACCAGAAAUAACAACAUUGACAACCAAACCAGUUGUAAAGGAAACAACAGUGGUUCUAGAAGUGACGACCACUGAGGUUCCUACAUCUCCUUCCAAAGAAACCACAGGUCCAGCAGAAACAACAGCACUGACCACCACAGCUGCUCCAAAGACAACAUCCGUGCCAACAGUUGUACCGACCACUCAACCUUUGGAAACUACUAUUGCCGAGGAAACCACUAUUUCCCCAGAAAAAACAACAUUGCCAAUUACAACUCCUCCAAUCACCACCACCACAGGACCAGAAGUAACGAGCAGUCGGCCUUCCACAGAGACCACCAUUUCACCAGAAAUAACAACAUUGACAACCAAACCAGUUGUAAAGGUAACCACAGUGCUUCCAGAAGUGACGACCACUGAGGUUCCUACAUCUCCUUCCAAAGAGACCACAGGUCCAGCAGAAACAACAGCACUGACCACCACAGCUGCUCCAAAGACAACAUCCGUGCCAACAGUUGUACCGACCACUCAUCCUUUGGAAACUACUACUGCUGAGGAAACCACUAUUUCCCCAGAAAAAACAACAUUGCCAAUUACAACUCCUCCAAUCACCACCACCACAGGACCAGAAGUAACGAGCAGUCGGCCUUCCACAGAGACCACCAUUUCACCAGAAAUAACAACAUUGACAACCAAACCAGUUGUAAAGGUAACCACAGUGCUUCCAGAAGUGACGACCACUGAGGUUCCUACAUCUCCUUCCAAAGAGACCACAGGUCCAGCAGAAACAACAGCACUGACCACUACAGCUGCUCCAAAGACAACAUCCGUGCCAACAGUUGUACCGACCACUCAGCCUUUGGAAACUACUAUUGCUGAGGAAACCACUAUUUCCCCAGAAAAAACAACAUUGCCAAUUACAACUCCUCCAAUCACCACCACCACAGGACCAGAAGUAACGAGCAGUCGGCCUUCCACAGAGACCACCAUUUCACCAGAAAUAACAACAUUGACAACCAAACCAGUUGUAAAGGUAACCACAGUGCUUCCAGAAGUGACGACCACUGAGGUUCCUACAUCUCCUUCCAAAGAGACCACAGGUCCAGCAGAAACAACAGCACUGACCACCACAGCUGCUCCAAAGACAACAUCCGUGCCAACAGUUGUACCGACCACUCAACCUUUGGAAACUACUAUUGCCGAGGAAACCACUAUUUCCCCAGAAAAAACAACAUUGCCAAUUACAACUCCUCCAAUCACCACCACCACAGGACCAGAAGUAACGAGCAGUCGGCCUUCCACAGAGACCACCAUUUCACCAGAAAUAACAACAUUGACAACCAAACCAGUUGUAAAGGAAACAACAGUGGUUCUAGAAGUGACGACCACUAGGGCUCCUACAUCUCCUUCCAAAGAGACCACAGGUCCAGCAGAAACAACAGCACUGACCACCACAGCUGCUCCAAAGACAACAUCCGUGCCAACAGUUGUACCGACCACUCAGCCUUUUGAAACUACUACUGCUGAGGAAACCACUAUUUCCCCAGAAAAAACAACAUUGCCAAUUACAACUCCUCCAAUCACCACCACCACAGGACCAGAAGUAACGAGCAGUCGGCCUUCCACAGAGACCACCAUUUCACCAGAAAUAACAACAUUGACAACCAAACCAGUUGUAAAAGAAACAACAGUGGUUCUAGAAGUGACGACCACUAGGGCUCCUACAUCUCCUUCCAAAGAGACCACAGGUCCAGCAGAAACAACAGCACUGACCACCACAGCUGCUCCAAAGACAACAUCCGUGCCAACAGUUGUACCGACCACUCAGCCUUUGGAAACUACUACUGCUGAGGAAACCACUAUUUCCCCAGAAAAAACAACAUUGCCAAUUACAACUCCUCCAAUCACCACCACCACAGGACCAGAAGUAACGAGCAGUCGGCCUAUCACAGAGACCACCAUUUCACCAGAAAUAACAACAUUGACAACCAAACCAGUUGUAAAGGUAACCACAGUGCUUCCAGAAGUGACGACCACUGAGGUUCCUACAUCUCCUUCCAAAGAGACCACAGGUCCAGCAGAAACAACAGCACAGACCACCACAGCUGCUCCAAAGACAACAUCCGUGCCAACAGUUAUACCGACCACUCAGCCUUUGGAAACUACUAUUGCCGAGGAAACCACUAUUUCCCCAGAAAAAACAACAUUGCCAAUUACAACUGCUCCCAUCACCACCACCAAAGGACCAGAAGAAACCUCUAUUUUCCCAGAAAAAACCACACUGCCAAUUACAUCUCCUUCCAUCACCCCUACCACAAGACCAGAAAUAACAACAGCGACAAGUAUCCCGACUUCACUAGUCACCACAUCUAUUCCUACGACAACAAUUACAAUUGUAACUGGACCCAAACCAACUACUUUACUUCCAACAACAGGCUUGCAAAAGAACAUUAGUAGUACUAUAACUUCACCUGUGACAUCAGCAGCAGUCUGUUGUUUUGUGAAUGGAACAAAUUAUCCCUCAGACACUAUCAUUUAUAAUGUAACUGAUGGCUUUGGGUGGUGCUAUAUUGCAUACUGCAAUGCCACUUGCGACGUUGAUACAAAGUCAUAUUCCUGUUUGACAACACCACCUCCACUUACCACAACACCAUUCAGUACCACAGCAUUUAUAAGUACUCCAACAAGUAUUCCCACUGUUGCCACGCUUCCUACAACUGUAGCCCCAGACUGUACCACUAUUAACCCACCAAGAAAGGAUGGGGAGUCCUGGAAAGUGGAUAAUUGCACCACUGCAACAUGUACCAAUGGCUCGGUCAUCUAUGAACCACACAAGUGUAGCCCAGUUGAACAGAUAAACUGUGCAAAUGGCCGAACACCCAUUAAGGUUUACGAUGACACUGGCUGUUGCUUCAAAUACGAAUGUGAAUGCUCUUGUAGUGGAUGGAGUGGCUCUCAUUAUGUCACAUUUGAUGGAACCGCUUAUACCUUCAGUGAUAACUGCUCAUACAUUUUGGUUCAAGAAAUUUACAAUAAAAAUCUGAAAAUCAUCCUUGACAAGGGAGUAUGCAGCGAUGGGAGCUCCUUCUGCCCACAGAGCCUGAUAAUUACAUACAAUUCCCAGGAUGUUAUUCUGACCCAGAAAAUGACUUCAAAUGGUGCAACCAAUGUGGUGUUGGUGAAUAACAAACAAGUCUAUCCUAUUUUCAAAAAUGUUAAUUACAUCAUCACAAGCACAGGCAUGGAGGUCACAGUGCAGAUUCCAGAGAUUCAGGCUCAAGUGACCUACACAGGCAACACUUUUAACAUUGACUUGCCCUUCUCUGAGUUUCAGAACAAUACAGAAGGUCUAUGUGGGACCUGUGAUAACAGUCAAACAAAUGACUGCAGGUCACCCUCUGGUCAAAUCGAGUCUUGUGAGCACACUGCACCAAAGUGGCAGGUUCCCAAUAAGACGUGCAUAACACCCACCACUCCCCCUCCAAUUACCAUUAGUACCAUUUCUCCCUCCACAACGCCCUACCCAUGCCAGCCAGGCAUUUGUGAGCUCUUCAACAGCAGUGUGUUUGAAGAAUGCCGUAGCAUCAUUCCUUUAGAUCCAUAUAUGAAAAGUUGCACACAGGAUGUGUGCUCUGGAAGCUCUGCUUGCUCGAGCCUGCAGGCUUAUGCAUCCGCAUGCGCUAAGGCAGGAAUGUGCCUGAACUGGAGGAAUUACACUAACGGAGAAUGCGAGGUUACAUGUCCUUCUUCUAAAGUCUAUGAAGCCUGUGGCCCUGCUGUUCCUCCAACCUGCAAUUCUCAGCAUAAUACCAUGUACCAGGAGAUAAUGGAAUCUGCAGAAAAGCAGGAGGGAUGUUUCUGUAUGGAAGGCACCACGCUGUUCAACACAUACUCGGGUGUCUGCGUUACGUCCUGCGCUUGCAUAGGCCCUGAUGGCACUCCCAAAAUGCCGAACGAAACCUGGCAAGUUGGCUGCCAAAUGUGUGAGUGUGAUGGUGAGACCUUGAGCAUACAGUGUAACCCAGUGGUAUGUCCAACCGAGGUGAUGCCCACUUGUGAUCGAGCUGGAGAAGUUCUCAGAAACAAAACAGACGGCUGCUGUGAGAGCUACGAAUGUCAGUGUGAUCCAACUCAGUGUGUGAUGACCACUGUGGGCUGCCCUCUGGGUUUCACCCAGGACAUGGAUUCAAAACAAGGAGACUGCUGUCCUACAUACACCUGCAAACCUAUGAAAGUCUGUGUGCAGAACGGAACAAUGUAUCAGCCGGGCUCCCCCAUGCCCAGUGAUAAUGUGUGUGAGGAAUGCGAAUGUGGCACGGUGAUGGAUUCCAGCACUGAACUUCUGACUCCGGUGUGCACACCAAAAGACUGUAAUCUGACGUGUGACAAGGGUUAUGAGAAUAAGCCUGUCCCUGGCAAGUGCUGUGGAGAGUGUGUGAGGACGAGCUGCGUGGUCACGAUUAAUAACGUCACAGUGACCAUCCCGGUUAACGAAACAGUUUCCCCACCUGAUGAUAAAUGUGUGAAAUACACCUGCCAGGAUGUUAACGGUGACCCCAUGGUAAAGGAAAGCAAGAAAAUAUGUCCCGAUUUCAACCCAGAAAUCUGUGUCCCGGGAACAGAGACGACUGAUGCUGACGGCUGCUGCAUGAGCUGUACUCCACAGAGCAACUGUAACGUCCAUACGAACACCACGGUGCUGGUCCAUGACAACUGCAAAAGCACAUCUCCGGUCGAGAUCACUUCCUGCUCGGGAACCUGUGGCACUUCCUCUGUGUACUCUGCAGAGUCCAACACACUGAUGCACGCAUGCUCCUGCUGUCAGGAAGAGAAAACCAGUCAGAAGCAAGUGAAGAUGAUUUGCUCUGAUGGAUCAACGACCACGUUCACAUACAUUCACAUCGACUCGUGCGGCUGCAUGAAAUCCGAGUGCAAAGAAGCAGCGCAGAAACGCCGAAGGAGACGCUGAACGGGCCUCAUUAAUCUUUCAUCAGUGACGGAAAUGUAUUGAUUUAUGUCAUAGUGUAAGUUUCCUCUCUAGUAGUCCAUGUAGUGCUUCUCAUCUUCUUCUUGCAACUGUAUGCAAUAAGUUGUCAAAUGGAGAAAAAUCUGUUUUCACGUUUUUAUUAUUAUUAAUUAUUGUAAGGAAAUGUUACAAGCUUGCUGGAGUAAGGUGUUCAGUUCAGUGUGCUGUGCUUAUUAUCUUUGUCCUUUGUCUUUUAGUUCUCAAUAAACUACUGCAGUUUAAAGCUU